UUCAUGAACUUUCCUUUUCCGUUCACUCUCUCUCUCUCCCUCUCUCCACCUUUUCCUGAAACCCUAGAAAUUUCAUCUUCGGGAAUUGCAGAACCUCAUUCAGAAGAGCCCUAGGUUUGCUCAAAAUUCCGAGUCGAAGCCCGAAAUUCCAAGUCGAAGCCAGCUAAUUACGUUUCGGUUUUUUCCUUGAGUAUUGGGUUGGGGAACCGUCCGAAAUUGCUUUCGACGAUUGUGCAUGGGCAUGGGUAGGGUUUACAGAGAAACCUCCAAGCCCUCGUCAUCUUCGUCAGCGCCAUCGCCACCUGCGAUCACCACUUCGACGUCAAUCACCGAGACUGUAAAUGGGUCGCACCAAUUCAAGAUAGCUGGGUACUCGCUGUCGAAGGGAAUAGGGAUCGGCAAGUAUGUAGCGUCCGAUACAUUCGUAGUCGGUGGUUAUGCGUGGGCGAUCUACUUCUAUCCCGACGGAAAAAGUUUAGAAGACAAUGCGGCGUACGUAUCGCUGUUCAUCGCUCUUGCUAGCGAAGGGACGGAUGUCAGGGCGCUUUUUGAACUCACCCUUUUGGACCAAAGUGGGAGGGACAGGCACAAGGUUCACAGCCAUUUUGGGAGGCCAUUGGAGAGUGGUCCAUACACGCUCAAAUAUCGCGGAAGCAUGUGGGGUUAUAAGCGGUUUUUCAAGAGAACUCUUCUUGAGACAUCUGACUACCUAAAAGAUGAUUGCCUUUUAGUUCGUUGCAGCGUUGGUGUUGUAGGGUCAUACACAGAGGGCCCUAAGAUAUACACCAUCCCAGUGCCCCCAUCAAACAUUGGCCAGCAAUUUGGGCAGCUACUAGAAAAUGGAAAGGGCACAGAUGUGAACUUUGAAGUUAAUGGAGAGAUCUUUUCUGCCCACAAGUUGGUACUUGCAGCUCGCUCACCUGUUUUCAGGGCUCAACUUUUUGGCCCCAUGAAGGAUCAAAAUACACAGUGCAUAAAAGUUGAAGACAUAGAGGCUCCAGUUUUUAAGGCUUUACUUCAUUUUAUAUACUGGGAUGAAUUGCCUGACAUGGAAGAACUUACUGGUUUGAAGUCGAAAUGGGCUUCUGCUUUGAUGUCUCAGCAUUUGCUUGCUGCUGCUGAUCGUUAUGGUUUGGAGAGGCUCAGGUUGCUAUGUGAGUCUAAUCUUUGCAACAAUGUUGCCAUAAACACUGUGGCAACAACAUUAGCGCUGGCAGAGCAGCAUCAUUGUUUCCAAUUGAAAUUCAUGUGCCUCAAGUUUGUUGCAAUGCCUGAAAAUCUCAGAGCUGUGAUGCAGACAGAUGGCUUUGAAUACUUGAAGGUGAGUUGCCCGUCUGUUCUGACUGAACUCUUGGAGUAUGUGGCAAGGAUCAGUGAGCACUCUAUCCUUUCGACCAAGCAUGGGAAUGAAGCUGCCCUAGAUGGCAGCGACGUCAAUGGUAGACGCGUGAAGCAAAGGCUGUGACUAGCCCAAAAUAGUACAAAGAGUCCCUGUGGUUAUAAACCUUUCCCCAGUUUCGGCUUAUUGUCAAACAAACCUCUCUAGAGAUGUAAAUUUAGCCCUCCGAUGCCCGCCCUUGUCUGUCUUAUAAUGUCUUGUAAUCAAAAAAGGUCUCUCCUAGUUGGUAUUCUCCCAUCCCUCCCUUGUGGCCAUUGAAUGAUUUGGAAAUUUGUAUGGUUGCCUUAAAUACUCAAUUCAUCAGGAUAUAA